CGAGCGCAACCGGCGAGACGGCUGAUCGGGAGGGACCGGCAUGCGGGCGAGGCUCGACAUUUUCUACUCUUAAGGACACCUCAACGCAAAGAUGACCGAGGGCAGACUGUGUCAAGUUCAGCUGCUGGAUGACAGGAAGCUGGAGCUGCUGGUUCAGCCAAAGCUGCUGUCAUACGAACUCGUCGACCUGGUCUCCUCCCAUUUCAACCUCAAAGAGAAGGAAUUCUUCGGACUUGCAUUUUUUAAUGAGAACGGUCAGUGUAAGUGGCUGCAGAUGGACCGCAGAGUUCUUGAUCAUGACUUUUCCAAGAGGCAUGGCUCAAUUGCCCUCAACUUCCUGGUCAGAUUCUAUGUAGAAAACAUAACACAGCUCAAGGACAUCAUAACAGUGGAGUUAUUCUUCCUGAAUGCAAAAUCUGCUGUCUACAAUGGAAUUAUAGAAGUUGAGAGUGAGAAUGUCUUCAAAUUGGCAGCAAAUGCUUUGCAGGAGUCUAAAGGAGACUACACAAGUGAUGAAGCCACACGAGCUGACUUAAAGAAACUGCCCACUCUUCCCACUAAAGUCCUCAAGGAGCACCCAUCACUUGCAUACUGUGAGGAUCGAGUCAUCGACUAUUAUAAACAACUAAGAGGAGUCUCCAGAGGACAGGCCAUUGUGCAGUAUCUGACGCUUGUGGAAUCCUUGCCCACAUACGGUGUCCACUAUUAUGAAGUGAAGGAUAAACAAGGGAUGCCAUGGUGGCUUGGGAUCAGCUAUAAAGGCAUUGGCCAGUAUGAUCUACAAGAUAAGCUGAAGCCUAGAAAGCUUUAUCAGUGGAAGCAACUGGAAAAUUUGUACUUCAGGGAGAAAAAAUUUGCAGUGGAGGUUAAUGACCCACACAGGAGAGCAGUAACCAAACGGACCUUCGGACAGACAGGCCUCCUCAUCCACACUUGGUAUGCGAGCCACUCUUUAAUCAAAACUAUUUGGGUCAUGGCUAUUAGCCAACACCAGUUCUACUUGGACAGAAAACAAAGCAAAACUAAACUCGGGGCCUCGAAAAGCUUGGAGGAAAUCGCCUUGGAUCUCACUGAGCAUCCAGGGGCAAAGAUAAACAAACUUGGAGAGUCAAUCCUGAAAAAUAACUUGAUUACAGCCAGCAAUGGGAGCCUGGUAUCAACAGGAUCUGGAGACUCUGAAAUGAGUGAGGAGCAGAAGAAAGAGAAACUUUCUGAGCUGAGAAAAAAAGAGCAGGAGAUUCAAGAUCUCUUGGCCAAGAAGACAAAGGAACUAAAGAAGAUUUGUUUGAGGGAAGCGGAGCUUACUGGCAAACUGCCAAAGGAGUACCCCUUGUCUUCAGAUGAACGCCCACCACAGGUUAGACGGCGAGUUGGCACUGCUUUCAAGUUGGAUGACCUUUUCCCUUACAAUGAGGAUCCUUUUCUGAGAAAUCUGGAGAGCAGAUUUGCCCUCCAACAGAAGAUAGUGGAGGCUGCUAAAAAGCUGGCAAAUGAGUCAGAACUGUGUAAGACAGUCAAGAAGAAAAGGAGGAGAAACUGUUUAGAUGCUAUGCACAAGCUUCAGCAGAUUGAGAAUGAGAUGAACCAUUACCGAAUCAAGAAGGGGAAAAGGCCCACUCAGCGAGCUUCAGUAAUCAUUGCUGAUGAAAUCAUGCGAUCAGAUUGUAGCUCCUUGUCCAGCCUCCCGUUGGAGGACGAUGACUCGGAUAGCGCUAGUCAGCGGCCACGGUCACGGUCAGUGCAAGACUCCCCUCAGUUCAGUCCAUUACGCUCACUGGGAGCAGAAUACGAUGUGGAGAGGCAAACAUCUCCAAAGGAAAAUAACCAUAACAAAAGAUUAGCUUUUGAAGGCCAAGAGGCUUCCCUCUACUACCACAAACCAAGAGAGGUCUCCUCCACCCACAGUAGCCCUUAUAAAACCCUCCCCAGACCUCCCAGAGACCCCCGCAGCAUGCCUCCCACACCAGUUAUGACCCGCAAUGCCUACAGCAGCAGCCAGCUCAGGUGCGAAGGCUUGCCUCAUGGCUUCAGGGCUCGCAGUGGAAGUUUGGAGUCACAGCCCCAGUUGAGAAAGGACGAAGACCCAGAGAAGCCAGUUUUCACCUUGUCACCAGCCCACCGCAGCAACAGCACAGAGAUGUUGGGGGAUUGCUCUUCCUACACCAGUCAGUCCAGUCUGGACUUCUGCGGGCCUGCCAGUUCCCAAUACAGUACCUUAGAUUCCCGAACCUCCACCAUGCAUCGUCUCCACCGCAAUGUGGAAGUGUAUGGAAAUACAGGGAGCAUGCCCAACCUGGUGCAGCACCAUUCAGGGUGUAGUUACGCCUGUGAGACCUCAGCACACUAUGCACCCAGUGCCUACUACGUAUCCGGCUGUCCAUGUCCAGACAUGGAGCCUUACGCUAAUGGUUCCUAUGUGUAUGAGAGUGACGUAGAAGGCCACUACAACGUCAACCCCUCGUAUCAAAUGAACGGCUAUCACGGACAUGACAGAUUCAGGCAUUACGGCUCUGACCGAGCUGACGGCCUUUCCCAGAAUCCCUACGCGACGGUGAGGCCGCCACGGAGCAGGGAGGGACCCAGAAAUGAACUUUUGGCAAAGAACAUGCAGAAGGCUAUGGUAGCAGAACAUCUGAGAGGGUGGUACCAUCGGAACCGUGUCCCCAGAGAAGGAGAGCGAGCGGGAUAUGACUUUGACUGUGGCUCUCAGCUCAGCCUAGGCUACCAGACCAUGCCGGCGGCAUUCAGCCAUUCCAGCAGGACAACCUCUUUCUCAUCAGUGUCCUCAGUGGAGAGCGCAGGGAACUGGCGCAACCAGCUGGCAGUUGGCCUGACUGACUACGACACACCCAACAUACCUCAGUACUCUCAACACGCAGUUCCUUCGUCGCCAUAUAAUCGCAGCCCCACACACAACAGAUUUUACCUGGGCAACAGCUACACGAGCAUCCAGUGAUGACUACCAAACAACAUUUUUGGAACACAAAAAAAAGCCAUGGCCAGCAAGCGCAUGAAGAGGAUGACAAUUAAACACAGGCUUUCCAUUCUAUGACUAACCUCUGAACCCAGGGUGCCUUCGAUCGGGUGGAUUGUAGAGGCAAGACUUUGUCUCGAAAUUUCAAAAUGUUGCACAACCCCGCUGGCUUGUACUUGAGGUAUAAAAGAAACAAUUUGUUUGCAUUGAAUCUAACAUAAACAUGAACUAGCUGCUGUCUUAUGCUGAACAGCAGGUUAAAAAAAAAAAUCACCUGUUCCAUAAAAUCAGUCUUAAUUGGAUGAUUCAGACUGUGAAUGUCACACUUAAUGUGAUCGUUCAUAAGAGCAGACCAUGUACAAGUAGAAGAAUUUCCUUCCUUCCAUUCUUUAAACCUGGAAUCUGAAUGUAUUGUCAAUAAUGUUAAUAGUUAGUCUUUUGUCAGUUAGUGCUGUGAUGUGAUUGAACGUGCAUGUGGAGAAAGUCUGUUUUGAUAAGAACUUUGAUAAGAACCAGACCACUGCCAUAAAAAACAAAUUUGUUUUCUCACACAUUUGUACAGCCUGUGCAUAGUUCUGAGUAUCUUGUGAUGUGUCAUGAUGAAAUAUUUUCCACUGCGAAGAAGGAUUAAUAAAUAAUUGUGCAACUC